CAGGCAUUAAUAACGUAUUUCCAGCAGGAACGCGACCAUUUUUGCUUCUUCUGCUGUGAGGCAUGUAAGUAAAUUACCUAUUUUCCGUUUCGUUUGACAGAAAAGACCUAUCUAUUUUUACCUGGUAUGCGCGCGCAACAUGAGGCAAGUCUUUUUAUUAGCUAACUAGUACCAGGUGUGAAGUCUUCGUUUUGCACGCUGGACAUCUCCUUGUCCUUUGUCCUUGUUCAUUGCUCGUGGUCUGACAAAAAUAAAAAUACGGUUGAUAUUCAACUUGACAUAGCUUGACACGUGACACUCGAAAGUAGUUUGAAAUUUUCAUUGAUAAAUACGUUGCAAAACACGCAGUUUUUCUUCUUUUUUUUUUAUCCCGUGCAAAUAAGGAGGAUGGAUUGCCAUACGUAAGUUUAACAAAAUUUGGUAUAUUUUGCCUCGUCUUGCGCAAUGAGCGUUCUGUGUCUUUUUUUAUCUAAUGAAGUUUUCGUAUUAUUACCUCUUUGGUUGGUAAAAUAAAUAGGUCUACUGUCACGUGACAUUCUGAUAAAUUAUAAGAAAAAAAAUAGGCAUUGACAACAUUGUCUCUUUUUGUUCUAUGACGUCAUGCUAAAUGAAAAAAUUCUUGGAAAAAACCUAUAAUACACAGUACUACUACAGGAUAGCCUAUCCUUCGACAACACUGGUUUUGUGCGAGCGUCUGUACAAAAGUGACAUGCACGUUGUUGUUUGCACGUUGAUGUAUGCACGUAUAUGAUUGUAUCAAGCCAUCCACGUCCGUGUGUAACCGCCUGAAGGAAUAAGCGCGUAACACCCCGGAGCAGUUUCGGAGUUCCUCAUAGGUGUAAAAGGAAUACAAUUGUUCAUAACGGAACACACUCGUAAUUUAUCAGCUGAUCAGUGAUAUCUGAGUUUUUAUGUUUUUAAAAAAUGUAAACAAAAGUGAACAAAACGUAAUAUAGAUCCAAGGUACAGUUCUACACUACAGUUAAUUACUUAUUAAUAAUUUACCUAUGUAACAGAACAGCUCCAGAUCAGUUGCAAUGGCACAAGACAACAUAGAAUGGUCUAGCGACCAAAUGAUAGAAAACGCUAGCAACUGGUCCCUUUCUGGGGAUAUUGCCCUUUUGAAUAGUUUGAAGAACUUUUCACAGGGAUUAUUAUCAGACACAGAAUCUCUAAACAGCAAAGUAGAUAAUCUAUUGAACAAUCUUGAAAAUGUUGGUCUUAAAUUGGAAUUGACCAGAAAUGAGUUUCAAAGUUUGAGAAACACACAGUUCAUCGAAAACCGGGUUUAUGAAGAUGAUGAGACUUUGGAAGGGGAAGAACAAAAGAUCAUAGAAAAAGAGCUUACAGAAGAAGACAAAGAAAAUUCCAUCAAAAGAGCAAUUUCAAAUGGGUUAAAAGUGAUGGAAAAAUAUUAUGAUAAGGUAGAAGUGGCUGUGAGUGAUAGUGAAGGAGAAGGCAAUGAAAAAAAUUAUGUUCUUCACCCUAAAGACCCCUACGCAGACCGACCCUUGCCCUAUUUAGUAGGCACCCAAGAUUGGUACAAAAAAUCCCAUGUAGGCCUAUUACCUUCAGACAGCGAUACAGAAUCUGAAAAAGAAGAAGAAGAAGUCUACAGUAGCAGCAGCGAUUCAGAAGAAAAUUUACCCAAAAAUCGACCUGUUGGAUCAGAAACUAGUUCAGAGUUAAGCUUUGCCAUUAAAAACUCAGAGCCUGUUGCCAAUUCUACUUUUAACGAUACCAGUGAUCGUAGUCGGGAGGUGUUUCAUUCUUCCGAAGAAAGUUUGGAUCAGAGUAGCUCAGUUCCAUUCAAGACUCCCACAUCACAUGCAAACUUUGCUGAGCAAUUAGCUGCAAAACUAGGUGAUGUUGUUAGUGCCAAACAUGAUUCAUCUGGCAAUAAUAGUCAAGCUAGUAAACAAAUUCGUUCUAAACCUGCCAAGCAAGGUAACUUAUUCUCUGAUGAACCACCACCUCUAGACGAUUUGGAAGACACCAUCCUACCAAAAUCGGCCCACGAAGGUCUGUUUUCUGGUAGCAGAGAUUUAUUCGCGGAAAAUAAUCAAGACGACUUGUUUUGGGGAUUGCCACAAGACAAGCCAAAUUCAAAUAUCCAAAAGCCUAGCCAAUUGCCAGGCACUCUAUUGAAUAAAAAAAUGCCCAAAGGUCUAUUUGACAGCUCGGAUAGUGAAGAUGAUAUGGUUGCUGUAACAGAAAAACGAAAAAUUUUGAGUAAUACUCAUAGUAGUAGAUAUAUGGUACCUUCUAAGGCUACUGCAGUACCUUUUGUGGAUGAACAACCUCCUGAAAUUGAGGCUAAAAAGAAACCUGUGGGAGGUGUGUCAGUUUUUGGUACAAAUGUUGAUAUUUUUAGUAAUAAAUCCACAAUCAGUCAAAAACAACAAGGUGACAAAUUGUCAGCAACUAUUAAAAAGACUGGUUUAUUCGAUGAGUCUUCAGAGGAUGAAAUGUUUAUAGAAAAAGGCAAAAUAGCUGCAAAAGAAAAACAAACAAAAUUGAGCUUAUUUGAUGAUUCUGAUGACUCUACAAAAAACAACAAAUCUGAUGAUAGAGCUACAAAGAAAGAAGUUACUAAAAAAGUUCAAGAAGUAAAGAAAAUUAGUCUUUUUGAUGAUGAGGAUGGGGAAGACACUGUUGAUGUUACUAGUAAGGGUGUCAAUGAAACUGUCACAAAAUCAACUAGCAUUUUUGAUAAUGACAGGCCAAAAGUGGCUGAAACAAAAAAACUACCCAAGAAAGUUAGUCUUUUUGAUGAUGAUGAUGACGAUUUUCUAAAAGAAGAAGAAGAUAUUUUUGCUUUUGUGCCUAAAAAAAGAAUCUCAUUUGAUGAGUUAGAAAAAACAACUACAAGCAGAUCCACCAAAAGUUUGUUUGAUGAUGAUAAUUUGGAAGGAAGCAAAAAACAUAAAUCAUUAUUUGAUAAGGAAGAAAAGGAAAAGGAAAGCCAGGAUAAACACAUAGGUUUGAAAAAAGAUAAUUCGAGUUUAUUUGAUGAAGAUAUCUUGGAAGGAAUUAAAAAUGAAACCUCAAUACUUGAUAAAGAAAUUGAAAAUAGGAGUCUCCAUAAAAAAAUUGAUGUAAAAAAGGACACUAAAACCGAGACUAAAACAUUAUUUAAUGAAGAUGUUUCUGAGGAAAACCAGAGUAAAACCUCAUUAGUUGAUAAAGAAGAAAAACAAUUUGUAGAGGAAAUUCCUAACAAGGAAGUUGAUGUAAAAAACAACCCUAUUAGUUUGUUACAUGAGGAUUUGACUAGUGAUGAUGGAAUGUUUGUGACUCCUAAGAUCCUUGAAGGAGUUGAAAAAUUGGAGCCUAAAGAUCACGAAGCAAGUCAAACAGAAGAAUCAAAUGUUCAAGACUCCAAACAUGAAAAAAAUUCAUCAGAAAGUCAUCCUGCUUUGGAAAAAAAAAGUAAUGAAAUUGGACUCGAAGGUGCCAAUGAAAAAUCACCCGAGGAAGGAAAUAUAAUUGUGCCUCAAAUUAUAAAAUCUGAAAAAGAAAAAAUUACAAAACAUGAACCAUCUGAACCACCUCCAGUGCCUCAAAGCUUCUCCAUCCCACCACUGAUCGACCUCUUUGACCCCACACCUCCUCCAGUAGAUUGGGACGCCUCUUCAGAUAACAGUGGGGAAAGCGACACAUUUUCAUUGACAGAUGGCAUUCUGGACCGCACUAGUUACAACCAAUCGCAACCGUCGUCAAAUCUUUUCGAUGAAGCGCCGCCUAGAUGGGACGUGCACGAUUUGAACUAUUCUAGUGGAAUUGCACGAGAUCUUAAUGUGACGAGAGUAGAAGCUGAUGAUUCUUCAUUCAACCCUCACGCUUCAUCAUCAAGAAGACUCUCGAGUGAUAUUUUCAAUGAACAACAGAGCCAAGAUAGUUUUUUCGUCACCAAAAAUCAUACUGAAAAUGCUCAAACGUCAAAUUUGCAAAAAAUAGCAGAAACCCCAGAUGAAUCGAUAAGUAAAAUUGAAAAUCUUACUCCGAGUGGAAAUUUGGAGGAUUUAGAAGGCAGUUCUGUAUUUGAAAAAGUUUCAAGCGAUAUGAAUACCACAGAUGCGAUUGAUAAGCCAGCAAAAGUAGCUGAUUUUGGCAGUGAGGGUAACGAACAAAGAGAAAAUGAUAAUAAUCCUGGAUUACCAAAAAUUAAAACAUCGCCAGGAAAACUCAAACACAACCUCAACAUCAAUGUAGGGGCGCUAUUACCUGGUGCAGCGCCUCCAAAAACGCGACCAAUUGUGAAUAAAUCUGUGAGUUUAGAUGAAACAGAUAAAUCAGCCAAUUUACCUUCUUCUGAAGGUUUUUUAAUACCGAAACCUUUAACGAGGCCUAAGAGUGAACUAUUUGAUGCUAGUAGACUGAUUGAAGCUAGCGCCUCAAAAAGUGAAGUCGGUGAGACGGAGGUUUUAGAAAGUGUAACAAAGGACAGAGCCCGAAUCCAAGUAAAAAGACGGCCGUCGACGCGUAAAGCUCGUCAAGAAUGGGCUAAGAAAUCAAUGGAAGACUUUUAUAGUAUCCCAGAGCCAAUUUUGUCUAACAAAUCAUUAUCACCCAAAUUGGAAGCAGCACAACAACCUAACGAUACUUAUAAUAAAAAUGCAGAUUUGGAUAAUUCUUGUAGAGGAUCAACGCCCUCGGAAUUUAUUGAAAAGCCCAAAACAGAUGAAAAUGACACUUUGAGUUCAAAUAAGCCAUCAAAACCAACAUAUGUUGAUAGUGAUACAAAAAAUGAAAACAGGAGUAGCUCAGUUAAACCACCAACAGGUAUAUCAUUAGUAUUCGAUAAACAAGAUAACAAAAAGGAUUUAUUCGAUAUUUCUAAAGAUGAUCUUUUUGGGUCAGUAUCAAGGCCAGCAGCAACGUCUUUGUUUGAUGAUUUUUAUGAAAAAAAUGAUAUAUUUAACAGUAGCUUGAAAAAAGAUGAAACUAAACCUAAAGUUGAGGAACCAAAGACCGAUGGUUCAAAAUUAGAAAGCCCUAAAGAUAUUUUUCCUGACAUUUUCAAAUCUAAUAAGAAAUUACCCGGCAUAUUUGAUGAAGAAGAUUUUCCAAGUGAUGAAGACUUAUUCUUCAAUAAAACUGAAACGUCUUCUAUGACAGCCAAAAAACUGCAAGAUAAUCAAGAUGAGCUAUUUAGUUCUCCCAAGUUUGAGAAAGUUUCGGCCUCAGUGGCAAUAGAAAAUAAAGACCUUUCUUCUACAGUUGAAAAUGUAUUCUCUGCAUCAGUAACGACAACUACAAAAACUGAAAAUUUAUUUGCCAGAGAUAGCAAAGACCUAUUUUCUCCUUCUGAUGCCAAAAAAACAACGUCGGAAAAAAAACUGCCAAAAAAGAAUAUUUUCUUAGAAUCAGAUUCUGAGAGCGACAGUGAACUUUUUGGAGCGACAUCCAAAACAGAUAAUAAAAAAGUGGCUGGGAAAUCCAAAAACAACACAAACCUAUUUGAUUCUGGAGAUAGUACUGAUGAUGAUGAUCUAUUUGGAGCCAAAACUAGUCAAAGUAGUACAACUGCUUUUAAUAAAGUUGCUCCAAUAAAGAAGAUGGAAAUCAAAACUGCUAAUAUAAAGAAAUUGGAAAACAGAGAAAUUACCGACUUUGACCCAUUGUCAGGAUGCCGAUGAUAUGUAAUGCAUGCAUCAUUAAGAAUGUACCUACCUACAGUUAUAGGUUUUCCAUAUAGUGUUAAAGAUUUAUAAUAACUUUAUGUUUCAAGAAUAUGAAAUAUUUUUUUUAAAGAACUUGUUAUAUUUUACCUAUUGUCGAACAAACUAAAAAAAAUUGUUAAAAAUUUUUAUUAGAUAUUUAAAAAAGUUUAAAUUUGAAAUUUUAUUGAGAAACUAUAUCUAUAUUUUACAUCUGCCUGAAAAUAAAAAAUAAAUAGGAGUCUGUUAGGGGAAUAUGUAUUUAUAUUUAAAAAUAAUCAUAAAAUUCAAUGUGGGUGAAAUUAUCAACAAAAGAAUUGUUUCGUCCUUAGAUUGUUUCGUCUUUAUUUUACAUUUUUUAUAUGCAAAUUCUUAUAUACAGGGUGGAAUUUUUAAAUAGAAUAAAUUCAGUAUUAGAAAGCCUGUUUAUUUUUUGGAAAAAUGAAAAAAAACGGGUCUCUUUAUUUUUAGUUUGGCACAUUUUUUCGGUCUUUUCAUGAAAUUUACCCCUCUCUUAAGGGUAGAAACCACCCCCAACUUGUUUUUUUCAAAUGUAAAGAUAUGUAUUGUGAUAGCUCGUUAGAAUGGGCAUAAAAAAAUGGAUAUGACCCAUUAUUUACUUUUGCCUUUCGGUGAUCUAGAAAGCGAGAAAAAAAUAAAAACAUAUUUUUCCACACAUUUUUUUUACAGUUAAAAUUGUUGAAUAUCUUCAGCAUAUCUUCUUGGUAGAACCCUAAUGCGAAACAAACACCAUUUGAAACGUUAUGUAAUUAUUUAUGCCCAUUCUAACGAGCUAUCACAAUAUGUAGUACAGGGUGUCCCAUUUAAGAUGGUAUUGGCGGUUAUCUGCUAAACUCGUAGAGGUAGUUUUUUUUUGAUUUCACAUUCCUGGGCCAAUUUUUUAUGACGAAUCGAAUGCCGCAAACCGCAAGUCUCUAUCUUGUACCGUUUCGAAGAUACAGGGUGAAACUUGAAAUGUUCACUUUUCUAGGGUAGUCAUUAUCUCGCGUAAGAAAAAAGAUAUCAGAAAGAUUCAAAUUGUAUCUGAUGCAGUUUUUUACGUAGAUUCCAUUGGCGUACUGCAAUUUUUUUUCCGAGGUACCGUUUAAGAGAUAUGACACAAACUUCAUCUUUUUUAAAUGGGACACCCUGUAAAUUUUUAAAUUUUUAGAAUAUGCAUAAAAUUACCUUUCCAAUGAUAUAUAGUUUGUCUAUAAUAUGUUGUAAUUUGCUAAUAUUAUUAUGGUAUUUAAAACUUUCCAUAAGAAAUAAGUCUUGCAAAUCACAUUGAAUAAUUGGUUUUAUUUUUUGGUGUGAAAAACUUAUAAUUUUUUGCUAUCCUGUAAAAUGAUAGUUUAUUAAAUGAUGUAUUUUUUUCCAUUUUAACGAUAUAGGUAUU